AUGGUUAUCAGCGAUUCGGCCGUCAUUGUCAUCGUCCUCGUCGCAUCCUUGUUCCUCACAGCCCUCUGCGCCGCCCUAUUCCGCCACUAUAACCCCACCGGCGACGACUGCAAGGCCUAUGAGCGGAACCUCGAGCAGAGCAAGUACAUGCGCGCCGUGCGUCUGCGGAAUUACGGUUUCCUGAAGAGAGAAUCGAUGAGUGCGGCCAAGGACUUGGAAUCGAGAUGUAUGUUGCGGUCGCAUAGUCUUUAA